AUUUCGAUUUUUAAACUGAAAAUGUAUACGAUUGGUUAAGGGAAGAGGGCUUUUUAAAAUGGAAAACGUGACAGUUGUUGAAGUGUUUUACUUUCUUAGAAGUAAUUAAAAUCAGUUGAUCAAGUAGCUGUUUUUGUCGUGAUGCUGUUUUGAUCUCACAAAAUGGACGUGAUUGAAGAUAUGACCACUGUGUUACAGCUGGUCCUGGAUUACUUGGGCAUUGACAUGGCUGAAUUCGUUCAUGUUAUUGAGACGCGAUUUUUAAGAAUAGUGAGGAUGAGAAGACAGAAGAGCCGCUGGAGUCUCGUUCGCUACAUCGGAGCUGUUCUCCCGCUAAGGCCUGCCAGGAGGAUCCGAUUACAGAGUCGUCUACUUGGCAAUCGCAAUCAUCACCAUGGCAGCAUGGAGAGUCUGGUGUCAACGCUUUCAUCGGAAAUGUCAGAUGAUCAGGACUUGGUUUGGAUAGAGGAGGACCUCGGUGACAACGUGAUACACUACAGAGCUGAGAACCGAGCGUGUCUGGAAGGCCAGUGUCUCGGAGAGGACCUUGAUGACGGGACUUUUGUCGUUCACAAGAAGACGAUGACGUCGACUCCGAUAAACCUGUCGCUGGCCUCGUGCUCCACCAUGUCCGUGGACCCGGCCACUGUGAUGAAGCUCACCGCCAUGGAGGACGAGCUGGCCGAACUCAGGAGACAGAUCGCACAGCUCGUCAUGUCGCAGGAAGUGGUGAACAAAUCAGUUAAAGUGGAUUCUGAUUGUCACCAAAGUAUGUCUCCAGUUGUCUCAGCUGCACUACCACCACCACCACCACCAACUUGUGUGCCUCCCCCACCACCACCACCACCUCCUCCUCCAACUGUACCUUCAGGAAUACAAGCCAUGAAGAUGGGAGGGAUGUCACUGGCAGAUUUGAUCAAAAAGGGUAAAGACCAUCUGUCUACCAGUGAGAAGAAUUCCAAUCCUCUUCCCGCUUACACCGGUGUUCCGGACAUGUCUCAAAUCUUGAAAGGUCUCACCAACGUCAAACUGAAAUCAGUUAAGAGGUCACCUGGAGGGACACCUUUUCGACAGAAACCAGCCAUUGAGAACAACGACCCAGCCUCCAUUAUUGCUCAAGCUCUGAAGAAGAAGUUUGCUCACAGACAUCUGUUCAGUCCGGACCGUAACAAGGAGAACCACGACAGCUCGUUCAGUUCCCCGGAACACAGUCCUGUCAGACCGUUUGGACAGCACAUCCUGAGGAAAACGAACAAAAGAUCAUCCCUGGUCACAGACAGCACACAGAUCAUUGCGUGUGGUGGACCGCUUCAAGAACGGAACUGCUGAUGCAUUAUUAGAACAGACAUACCAGACAGAUCACACUAAUCUAUGCAUAUUGACCAUGUCGCAUACUAAACUGCUCAGUGGUAUAGGAAUCGGAGCUCACCUUGUCCAUUGCCAGAUUAGUCUAUAGCUAAUUUUGAUACACACUGGCUACAUUUGACUUUUGGCUAACAAAAUAUUCCUUAAAUUAAACACAUUUGAAUAGUUUUCAAGGAAAUGCACUACAAAUCUGAAAAAUUAGCUAAACUAAAAUUUGUUCCAGUGUGAGUCCUGAGGAAUUGGCUCAGAGAUUGUGUGAUAAUAAUUUUGGCAGUAUUUUAAAAGCUCAGAUUGUAAAUAUGCCUCUUGCACCAUAUACUACAGUGAUAGGACUGAAAUACACAAUAACUUGAUUGCUUUCGAUGUGAGGUGAUUCUUAAUAUAACCUGAUCUGUUACAGCCCCUGUGUUUAUAAAACAGUGGACUCGAAAUUUGUUAACAGACAUCAAAGUUUUCCUGAUUUAUCCAGAAUUCCUGAUUUUUUAUCAUUUAUGCAGUGUUUCCAGGUUGUUCAUGAUUUAUUCAAAGUUUUCCACAUUCUCCAUCCAAAAUUAAAGAUGUUGAUUCGGCUAGUGCCUUGCACACAUUCUGAAUGGGUGUUGCCAGUUUGUACCAUAGUGCAACCAUAACCCAAGGACAAGUCUCUGUACUCGACCAUUGAUGUUGACAUUUUUGGAUUGUUUUUUCAUAACCCACUUUCAUCAAUGCUUUUAUGUCUAGAGACUUUAAUGUCAUAACAAUACUUAAAAACUGCAUGCGUGUGACGUUAUUAAGGAGACUCUGGCUUGCAUGUAGAAGACCGAUUGUAUGUAUACACAACAUGCUAACAAACAGGAGAGUGAAGGGGUUUUUGAGGGGGGGGGGGGGGAGUGGAUGGGGGUUCUGACCAUUCUUCUAAGGGCUUUAUACCAGUUAAUUGCAUUUACUAGUGUUGACAUAACAAACUGACUAGCCUUCUUUAUGUUUUCAUUACUUAAAAUUGGCCUUUAUUUGUAAAAUAGUGAUGUUUUUGCUACUUCCAUUUUUAGUGUUGUGUGAUUAUGAUGCAAUAAAAAGGCCUACAAGUGUCUACAGGCCAACUAAGAGAUUAACAAAGUUUAGCUUAUAUUAUGUGCAAGUGACAUUUGUAUACGGACAUAGUACCUACCUUUGUUAGCACAAUGGACAAUCUUGAUAUGCCCUUGAGGGACAGGUGGUGGUUAUUCAAGGUAACCAUCAUGUUCCAAACCGUAGGGGAAAAUAUUUUCAUUCACAAAUACUUUGUGAUUGGCUCUUUAAAUCGGUGAUUUCAAAGGAAAUAAAUUUGCAUUAGUUAAGUCAAGCCAAUUUUUUUUUUUAAAUCCUUAAUACCACCUCACUGAUGAAUAGCCAUUGUAUUCGCAUGCUUUUCGAUGUUUCGAUGCUAAUUGGUCUGAAUGAUUAUGCAAAGUUUGGAUCAACUGACAUCACUGACAAGACUACUGAAGGGAUUUCAUCUUGUGGGAAAGUGAUUUCACAAUCAUAUUAUUUUGCAAUUUUCAUAUGUAUUUUUUUUCCCACAAAUGUUUAACAUAUUGUAAUUUCUAUCCAUGGUAUGUAGAAGAAAAAAAAAGAGUUGGUUGAUUAAUGUGCAUAUGUGAUACAAUGUUAGAGAUUCUGUCAUGUGAUUUAACCGUACCAACUUGGAAAAACAAAUCAUCAGAAAAUAUUUAUGAAAGUCAAAUUUAUAGUAUAAAUAUUUCCGAUCAGGCUACAGAUUUUCCAAGCUGUGUUAGCACUAUAAUAUCGUAAAAUCAUCGUACAAGACAUCUCUACAGCACACUCCAUAGCCUAAUAUGGUUUUACAAUAUCGUAGCACUAAGAUAAUGUAGCUUCGGAAAUAUGGGUCAAACGUUUCUUAAGCAAUUUUGCAUCAUCCUUGCAUUAUCUUUUUACAUUGCAUUGCGAGAUUGAAAAGUUGCAAGCAUUUUGUGAACUAGAACCCUGGGGUCUAAUUAGUAUACUCUCGCAACUUUGCGAUCUCACAGUGCAAUGCUAAAAUACUUGCAAAGAGAAUGCUUUGUUGUCUAACAGAGCAAAAGAGACCGUUCUGAAUUAGGCCCCUGGUGUGCAUGCACCAGUUUUAUUUAGGCUUUGGAGAACAAAAAGAAAGCAUUUUACUAUUUGAUGCUAUGCUUGUUUUUAACUUAGUUUUAAUAUUGUAUGAAGGGGGAAGUCUUGUAUAAUAUUUUAUGCUAGGUAAAGAUCUUUUUAGUGCUUAAUUUGUGAAAUAUUUUAUGCUGUUAUUGUAACAAACGGUAAUACUCAGUGGCUUAACCUAUAUCAUAGCUCAUGGGUCAUAGUACUAGUAAUUAAUAAAAAAAGAUGUAUAUAUUUGUAAAUAAAACCAUUUUCACUCAA